AUUCAAUACUCUCCGCCUUUUCAUUGAUAGCUCAUCGCUUUCGUUCCGUCUGAAUUAUCACACACACAAGGGAUUUAUUUAUUGGGAAGGAAGGGUUUCUUGGGAGGCUCCCUAUCUCUGGUUCCUAGCAAACCCGAAGUCAACGUCACUAGUCAAACAAGACUGACAGCUGGAACGGCCCAGAAUUCACUUCCAUACGAAUAAUGGCAGAAACUCAAGACGAGGAAAAGGGGCAACUUGAAGUCUAUCGGGUUGACACCGCUCACAAUAUCCGACCACCCGAUGAGCACACCUAUGUCAGUCCAGCGAUCUCGGGGUUCAUGGAUUCUCGGAACCUUUCCCUCGAUGAAAUAGAACGAUCCGCAUUCUUGAUUCCACCCGAAGUUGACGACUCUUUUCCUCUUACACACUACUUUAUAUCGUCGUCUCACAAUACGUAUUUACUCUCUGGACAGCUCAUGGGCCGCUCCUCAGCCGCCUCAUACUCACAUAUCAUCUCUCGAAACGGUCGUUGUGUUGAAAUAGACGUUUGGCCAAGCUCCAAAGGUCUUAUCGUCACACAUGGGCAUACUUUCAGUAAGAGCGUCACCUUCCGUAGUGUCUGCGUUGCCAUCGGCAAUGCAGUACGCGAGGGAGAUUGGCCCGUUCUUGUUAGCCUGGAGUGUCAUGUCGAUAUUGCAGGUCAAGCAGAGCUUGUACAGGUCAUGAAGGAAGUCUGGGGCAAUAAGCUUGUUCACGGAAAGCUAGGGGAUCUUGACUUCGUCUCACCGAAAGAUGUCCGUGGCAGAAUUUUACUCAUGGUCGAAUACUGUCCUCUGAAAACCUGUCCAACAGAGGAUUCAUCCUCGUCUUCAUCAUCAUCAUCGGACGAUGACGAUGAUGCUCCCAAGCCAGUAACGGGGCGUGAAGCCAAAGGUCUCAUCUCGGAUGACCUUGCUGAGAUGGGUUUUUACGCACGAAGCAUGAAGCCCCAGAAAGACUGGCUCCAUCAAGACCUUACAGGUCCACGAAACAUCCUAAUCAACAUCUCAGAGCCCUCCCUUCUCUCACUACUUCCAGCCUCGCUCCUCCAUUUGAUCGUCAACGCCGAGAGGUAUCUACAUCGAGUCUACCCGAGCGGUCUACGCAUCACAUCUAAGAAUAUGAAUCCACUCACGGUCUGGCGCAAUGGCUCCCAAAUCGUCUCUCUCAAUUGGCAAAAGUACGACAAGGGUACGCAAUUUAAUGAGGCUAUGUUCGUCGGCACUCCUGGAUGGGUUCUCAAACCGAGACACAUGCUCAGCGGCGGGGGUGACGCGGAUAAGGGAACGAGAAGACGUGUAUGUUUGAGUGCUGAGAUUAUUGGGGUUAGCGGAUUGCCUUGCCCAAGCGGUGAUGAAGGGAGUUCCUUCCAUGCGUAUGUCGAAGCAAAGCUGUUCCAUGCAAAGCAAAAUCAGAAAUGGAAAUCCAAGUCAGUAAAAAGCAACGACGUUGUGGGCGUAGGGAGUGACGCCAUGUGGAACGAACGAUUUGAGUGGGUGUUUGUAGAGGAUGAACUGGCGUUCAUUCGAUUAUCGAUAAAGGAAGAUAAGUUCGGCAAGGAUACACCCCUUGCUGUGUUCGUCGGACGGCUCCAGUAUAUUCAACAGGGUUGGAGAUUUAUCCGUAUGCUUCGAAUGGAUGGCAAAGCUUCUGGUGGCAGGGUACUAGUGCAUCUUUCUUUGGCAUAUGUGGACUAGAAUGAUUAGAAACGAAAGAAAAG